ACUGCCUCAGAGGAAUCGAAGAUCGAAGGAUUGAAAUAGUUUUUCACAAUAUUUUGGCAUACGAAUCGUGUUUUUUGCGCCAUUCAUUAAUUCAAGCAUGCCUUCUAGCUCAUUGUACUGUUAUUGUACAAUGCACAAAAAAUGCAGCGACAGACGAAGGAAUAUGAUUUUUCAGACAUUGAACAGAAGAAAAUGACCGCUGUUGAACAAUCUUGUUACACCAUUAUAAACUUGCCUACUGAUACAGAACCUUACAAUGAGAUGCAACUCAAAAUGGAUCUUGAAAAAGGCGAAACCAAAGUGAAAAUACGAUCCCUAGAAAAAAUUAUCCACAUGAUUUUGGCGGGCGAACGACUUCCCAACGGCUUUCUGAUGACUGUAAUCAGAUACAUCUUGCCACUUCAAGACCAUUUGGCUAAAAAAUUAUUGCUAAUUUUUUGGGAAAUCGUACCGAAAACAUCACCAGAUGGAAAAUUAUUACAAGAAAUGAUUCUCGUUUGUGAUGCGUACAGAAAGGAUCUGCAGCACCCCAAUGAGUUCCUCAGAGGAUCGACGCUGAGAUUUUUGUGUAAACUCAAAGAACCCGAGCUACUCGAACCCCUGAUGCCCAGCAUCCGAGCUUGCCUAGAGCACAGACACAGCUAUGUCAGAAGGAAUGCAGUGUUGGCCAUAUUCACCAUUUACCGCAACUUCGAAUUCCUCAUACCAGAUGCGCCCGAACUGAUCUCGACCUACCUGGACGGAGAGCAAGAUAUGUCUUGCAAACGUAAUGCUUUCCUUAUGCUCCUACAUGCAGAUCAAGAUCGAGCUCUGUCAUAUCUAGCAUCUUGCUUGGACCAGGUGACUUCUUUCGGUGACAUUCUGCAGUUGGUCAUCGUUGAACUCAUUUACAAAGUGUGCCAUUCGAAUCCUUCUGAACGUUCGAGAUUCAUUCGCUGCAUCUAUAACCUUCUGAAUUCGAAUAGUCCUGCGGUGAGAUAUGAAGCUGCAGGAACUUUGGUUACACUGUCUAGCGCUCCGACAGCCGUCAAAGCUGCAGCUAGCUGUUACAUCGAACUCAUCAUCAAAGAGAGCGAUAACAAUGUGAAACUGAUCGUGUUGGAUAGACUGAUCGCUCUCAAGGAUCAUCCGAGCCACGAACGCGUUCUGCAAGACCUAGUCAUGGACAUUUUGAGAGUGCUCUCGGCCCCCGAUUUGGAAGUUCGCAAGAAAACUUUGAAUCUAGCGAUGGAGCUGGUGAAUUCACGCAAUAUUGAAGAGAUGGUGUUGGUGCUCAAGAAGGAGGUUUCGAAAACGUUAGAUAGCGAACACGAAGAUACAGGAAAGUAUCGUCAGUUGUUGGUUCGCACCUUGCACACUUGCUGCAUCAAAUUUCCUGAUGUAGCUGCUACAGUUAUUCCUGUUCUGAUGGAAUUCUUGUCGGAUACGAAUGAAUUGGCGGCAACCGAUGUACUGGUCUUUGUAAGAGAAGCUAUACAGAAAUUUGAUAAUUUGCAGCCACUUAUCAUUGAGAAACUGUUAGAAUCAUUCAAAGACAUCAAAUCAGUGAAAGUUCAUCGUGCUGCCCUCUGGAUUUUGGGUGAAUAUGCGACGACAAUACCAGACAUAGAAUCAGUUAUAAAAGAAAUAAAUAUGACAUUGGGUGAGUGCCCCCUUCUAGAUACAGAACAAAAACUAAAUUCAGGGGAUGUGAAUGAAUCAGUACCCACACAAACUAGCACAACUACUACCCUGGUUACCUCUGAUGGUACUUACGCUACUCAGUCUUCUUUCAACACAGUGAGUAAAUCGAAUAAAGAAAAAAGGCCACCUUUACGUCAGUAUUUGAUGGAUGGAGAUUUCUUCAUUGGAGCUGCUCUUGCAACAACUUUAACCAAGUUAGCAUUACGGUACGGAAAUAUUGCUUCACCCGUUCAGAAAAAUAAAUUCGAUGCCGAAGUUAUGCUCAUCAUGGCUGGAAUAGUUCAUCUGGGCAAGUCUGGUCUACCAUCCAAACCGAUCACGAACGACGACAAAGACCACGUCCUGUUCUGCCUUCGAGUCCUCUCCGACCGCACAGCGCACAUCAUCGACAUAUUCACGCAGCAUUGCCGGCUCGCCAUCGGCGAGAUGCUGCUCGCCAAAGAGAUCGAGGAGGCGGUGCACCAGAAGACGAAGGAGAAGUCCGGCAAUGCCGUCCACACGGACGACGCGAUCAGCUUCGUGCAGCUCGAGGGGGACAAGAGCGGGGAAUUAGGGGAGAACGUGUUCGAGACGUCGUUGUCUCAGGCUCUGGUGGGAGGCAGAGGAGGUGCAGGAGAAUCACUUUCUGGUACCAACAAGCUGAACAAAAUAACCCAGCUCACUGGAUUCUCUGAUCCCGUUUAUUCGGAGGCGUAUGUGCACGUCAACCAAUACGACAUCGUCUUGGAUGUCCUCAUCGUCAAUCAAACUAACGACACCUUGCAGAACUGUACUCUGGAGUUGGCGACGUUAGGCGAUUUGAAGUUAGUGGAAAAGCCUCAGCCGGUCGUUUUGGCACCUAAGGAUUUCUGUAACAUCAAGGCGAACGUGAAGGUUGCCUCUACAGAAAACGGCAUAAUUUUCGGAAAUAUAGUUUAUGAUGUGAGCGGUGCCGCUUCAGAUAGAAAUGUAGUAGUUCUCAAUGAUAUCCACAUUGAUAUCAUGGAUUAUAUUGUUCCUGCUGGUUGUACCGAUUCAGAAUUCAUGAGAAUGUGGGCUGAAUUCGAAUGGGAAAACAAGGUGACCGUCAACACCCCCCUCACCAACCUCGCCGACUACCUGCAGCACCUGCUGAAAAGCACCAACAUGAAGUGCCUGACUCCGGAGAAAGCGCUGAGCGGCCAGUGCGGCUUCAUGGCCGCCAACAUGUACGCCAAGUCGAUAUUCGGGGAGGACGCUCUGGCCAAUCUGAGCAUCGAGAAGCCGUUCGACAAGCCGGACGCGCCCGUGGCGGGGCAUAUCAGGAUAAGGGCCAAGAGCCAGGGAAUGGCAUUGAGCUUAGGAGAUAAAAUAAAUAUGACACAAAAAGGUAUUCAGAGUAAAGUUGUAGCUGCUUGAUUUUAAUCUAGAAUCAAUUGUCCAUUGUUUAAGGACUAUAAUAUAUAUUAUAUUUGUUAAGAGUCUACGAGUUUGUCCAUAUUAUAAAUAAAACAUAUAUAUACAUUUAGUAAG